AUGCAAGUUAGCCACAGGUGCCGAUUCCCCUGGAGUUUCUCCGAUGACGUCCUUUCGGGAAUCGCUCAGAACCCAGGCGCGGGGCUGCCCCUGGCCAGACCAGUGGUCGCAGACCUCCGCCAACGACUGGCAUCACUCCUCUCUUCCCGACUCCAACGACCUGUUUCAGCUGAGGUUUCGCCUGGUCAGCCGUUUGCGUUGGACAUUCUACAAGCUUUGGUGGAGCUGGCGGAGGACCUGGACCGGGACUUCCUCCAACACCUUCAUGAAGGAGUGCCUCUCGGGGUGGACGGCCCAACGCUCCCGGACCCGAACAUAUGGCCGUCCAAGCAGGAACUGGGAAAUGCACCUCGGGAUUUGGAGCCCCCGGCUCCCACCACUGCCGACAACUACCCCAGCGCGGAGGUCUUCGAGGACACCAUCGAGAAAACCUUCCUGGAAGAAAAACUCCUCGACAUGGUGGAUGGGCCCCUGUCGGAACAGGAGGCAGCGGACCUCUGUGCCUGCUCGGUCGCAGAACUGUGUGUCGGGGCCAUGGCGGGCAUCCAGGAACUGGACAAGGUCAGGACCAUCUUCGACGCCUCUGUCAUCGGCGUCAACGACAACAUCAGGGCGAACACUGACAAGAAGACCACGGCCCCGACUCUCUACGACUUGCUUUUUGCCUGGCUCCACCUGAAGUCUAAGGACCUGACCCUCUUCAAGUCCGAUGUUAGCAAGGCCCACCGGAGGAUCAAAGUCCUCAAGAAGCACUGGAAGUACAUGGUGGCCAAGAUCAAGAAGAAGUUCUGGGUCAAUAAGGUCGGCACCUAUGGGGUGGCCUCGGCACAGCUUUACUGGGGCCGAUUGGCUGCCAUCCUCACCCGCCUCUCUUACCAGAUUUCUGAGGUCUUCCUGUGGCUACUGGUCUUUGUCGAUGACUUCAUGGCGGUUAUGAAGGAGAGCCUCGGCGAACUGGGGGCGGCCACCCUCAUGCUCUUCCUUACGUUGCUGGGCUGUCCUAUCUCUUGGCACAAGAAUGCCCUUGGGAAGGUCAACCGUUGGCUGGGUUACAUGGUUAACAUCUUCGAGGGCUCUGUGUGGUUUUGGGAGGAAAAGAUGACCAUCCUCCGUCCGGCUUUGUCGAAGUUGGCAGCAGGGGAACUUCAUACCAGAAAGGAAAUCACCUCCUUACUGGGCAAGUUGCAGUGGGUGGCGAAAGCCUACCCUCAGGUGAGCUCCCACCUCCAGCCACUCUAUGCUUGGGAGCAGAAACUUGAACGGAAAUGCAGACCGGGAGACCUUGUACGUUUCCUGGCAACUCUGCUCAUCUCCAUUUUGGAUGCUGGCCCCUGCGUUCCUCUACGCCUGCAGCAUAACACUCCAUGCUACGGGAGCAGCGAUGCUGGCGAGGACGAUGGCCGGGUGGCAAUUGGCGGCUGGUUCUCGCCCUCUCUUAACCCGGCCAAGGAGGAGGUCCUGUGGUUCUCCAUGGACGUCCUGACCACCCCAUGGGUGCAGCCCCUUUUGGCGCACACUUCUCCGAAGCGCCGGAUUGGGGCCCUGGAACUCCUGGGUACCCUCAUUCUUUUUCUUUUGGCUGCGGAGUCCUUGGGACCCAGCAUGUUGGAUGCUCACCUCCCUCUUACUACAGACAAUGAGGGUAAUGCCUUUUCGGCCAGCAAGAGAUCUUCGAAGAAGUGGCCUUGCUCGGCGCUUUUAAUGGAACUUUCCGCGCAGGAGUUCCACAAGGGUGUCUUUGCUCAGGUCACCCAUGUCAAGCGUAGCUCCAACACGUGGGCAGAUCAGCUCACUCACUUUGAUUUCGAAGGAUUCUCCCCCGGAAAUAGGAGGGAUGUUUCCCUUUCCUGGUCUCCGAGUUGGAUGAUCCUGGACAAGCUCCUUGCCUUCAAAUCGGUACGGUUGCCUCAGGUGCCGAUUACCUGCGCUUUGUUUCGGUGGGGUGGCGUAUUUCCGACCGGUCUUCGGACCUGUCUGAGCUAUGCCUGCCCCGGGUUCGUACCUGGUUGCAAGCAGUUGCAAGCCAAUGGUGGUCGUGGAGACUUGGACCCGGCGGUCUUUCGUUCAAGUUCAACAUCAACUUUUCUUGGCCCGAUGGGUGCGCCAUCGUGCCUGCAAUCCACGAUCAGUGGACCUUCCGGCGUUGGCAAGCCACAGCGACUCCCCGCUGUGGUGGAGUGCCACCCAUCGGCCGCAGCCUUGUGGCAUGCGGCCAUCAGAUGGUCCCCCGCGCAGCGCGCUCACUUCAUUGCGCUGCUGCACGCGCAGGCAAAGCACACGACUCGCGACCUUCCCGAAGACGAAAGAAAGGACGAGGAGGUAGCUGCAGACCCUGACAGGAUGAUCGGCGAUCCCUCGGAAGAACUGCGUGCGGGUGCAAACUCGACGAAUGGCGAUCUCGCUGAUGGCGAAGCGGAGAGCCAGGCAUGCACAGACGGCAACAGCGCCGACGGGCAAGCUGUAGGCGACCUUCCUGAAGACGAAAGAAAGGACGAGGAGGUAGCUGCAGACCCUGACAGGAUGAUCGGCGAUCCCUCGGAAGAACUGCGUGCGGGUGCAAACUCGACGAAUGGCGAUCUCGCUGAUGGCGAAGCCGAGAGCCAGGCAUGCACAGACGGCAACAGCGCCGACGGGCAAGCUGUAGGCGAUCCCUCGGAAGAAGAAGGGCAGCGAGAGCUCGAGCAUAGCGAGGAUGCACACUCGCAGUUUGUGGAUCCGGUGACGAGAGGCGAUCUCGUGGACGCCGAUAGCGAGAAUGUGGAGGGGCCAGAAGGCUUGCCGUCACUGCUGGCCAACCGAGGCACGUCUUGGGACGGUUGGCAGCCGAAGCGUGCGCCGAGAAGGUCCUGGGAUUGGAUUCGUGGAAACUCCGAGUAUGCAGGCAGCUCCUGGGAAGACACGGACGCAUGGAAGCCAGCAGGUGGUGCAGCGAAGUGGAAGGAAUGGAAGGCACCCAAGACUUGGAAGCAGAACGAUUGGAAGGCGCAUGGCUGGAAUUGGAAUGCGCACUACGAAGGCAGCUCCUGGGAAGACACGGACGCAUGGAAGCCAGCAGGUGGUGCAGCGAAGUGGAAGAAAUGGAAGGCACCCAAGACCUGGAAGCAGAAUGAUUGGAAGGCGCAUGGCUGGAAUUGGAAUGCGCACUACGAAGGUGUUUUAGAUGCCGCCGAGGAAACUCCGGGCAGGAUGCUUUUGCAGCUGCUGAAAGGAGGAUAG